AUGAAGUUACAAGAAAUAGAGCAGGCUAAGGCCGAGUUAUCAGAAGACAACACAUACUAUAAACAACUUGAAGCAGAGUACAAACUCUCAUUGUUCGAGAGACCAUUACCACUUAUCGUCAAAACCGAUGCUGGUGAAGGACACACACUGUCUUACAACCAUGAUACCCUUGAGGAACUUAGCCAAAUUGAGGAGCCGUUAUGUGUCAUAGCUGUAGCUGGAUGUCUGAGGACUGGAAAAUCGUACCUUCUUAGUCGCCUUGUACAGAAGUGUGGCCUUUCAGGAGAGUGUUUCACAGUUGGGCACUCAGUAGACACACAGACGCAAGGAAUAUGGAUCAUGUGCAGACCGCACCCGACCCAGAAAGGGAAUGUCAUUGUUUUUCUCGAUACGGAGGGAAUCGAUGCUCCAGAAAAGGUUGAAAUUCAAGAUGACACUUGGAUAUUCAUUAUUGCAACGCUGCUGUGCAAUGUCCUCGUCUACAAUACUAAAGGUGUCUUUGAUGCAUCACAAAUCAGCAAGUUUCGAUUUCUGAAACUGAUUCAAUCUAACGUGACGGUUGUUAGAAGUGGAAGUGAAGACGACAGUUUUCUCGAUUUCUUCUUUCCAAAUUUUGAUCUCGUUUUACGCGAUUUAAGAUUUAAUUCUGAUACAUCUGCUGAUGAACUCCUUGAAAAACGAUUGGUUUACGAGACUGGUAAAUCGGACAGUGUAAAGGUCUACAACGAGCCAAGGCGGCUUAUCAAAAGAUAUUUCAAGAAAAGGAAAUGCAUUGCAAUCCCUAUACCAUGUACGAGGCCCGAACAACUGGAGUCAAUGCCGGAUUCUAAGAUUGAGCCAGACUUUUUGCAACGGUUAAACGACUUGCACCAAUACCUAUGUCACAGUAGCCCUAAGAAAUUAAAAUCAGGAAAGCCGGUAAACGGAAGAAGUAUGUAA